AUGGCUGUAACCAAUCUCUUGAGGAUUCUCAUAUACGAUCCUUCAAAGAAAUCGGAAUCCUUUGCAUCCAUGUUGAGACGCUCUCCUUUAAUUCAGAUGGGACCUGCCAAAGAUAAAAUUGCCAUUGGUCAAAUAUUCCAUGUUGUAGAUGAUGAUCUUUAUAUAGAUUUUGGUGGCAAGUUUCACUGUGUGUGCAGAAGACCAGAAGUAGAUGGAAAAAAAUACCAGAGAGGAACCCGAGUACGCCUGAGACUGCUGGAUCUUGAACUCACAGCUAGAUUCUUGGGUGCAACUACUGAUACAACACUUCUAGAAGCUGAUGCGGUGCUUUUAGGGCUUGUGGAAACCAAGCAAACAAAGCAAAAGGAGUAAAUGUCAUGUAAAUAAAUGCAUUUUGUGCUUUAUAGCAAAUUAUACGAAUUAAAUGUUUCUUUGGGAAAUAAAAGUUUCUGUCCAUAUGGUUAGGUAAAUAAUGAGAUCAAUAAAAGACAAUAAACACAUUGUACCUGGUUCUUGCUCCAUUUUUAUUCACUCAUCUUUCUAGCACUUUUCCUUUUGAUUUAAAUGUAAAAGGUUAACUGAACUUCUGUAGGUAAUAUUGACUGUUUUCAUGUUCUUUUAUAAAGAAUUCAAAAGUACAUCUUUCCAUCCCAAAGCAAUGUUGAUCUAAGACAUUGUACUUCCGUGGAGGAAGUCCAAAGCUUGCUGUUGUGGUGCUCCUUCCAGUAUAGUGUUUCAUACAGAACAAUGUCAAGGGUUCCUGAUUUGCAAGCUGAAGUGCAGAAUGUUUACUGCAGGUACUGGUUUUGAUCUCUGUUAUAAUACAUCAUGUUUUUAUCGCAGUCUGCUGAAGAACUAGAGAUUAUUCUUUGCUUUAAUUGGAGUUCUCCAAUGUGUGUUAGUAAGUUUUCUCUGGUUAAUAUGAAGGAAAAGAAAGGCCAUUGUAGGUCUUAUAAAUGUAAUGGGUAUUUGAAUGCAAAACCAAAGAAUCAUGCUAUGUUUUUUCCAGUAUUUUUUUGGAGCAUUCGCUAUCAAAGACCAUUUCUUCUGAUUUCUGGUAUAUCCAAGUCUGAAUUCUGCAUAGUCAUUUGUGAUCUGCCUAGUGCCUUGCAGGUGUGGUGAGGGCAAGUGAAAUUUGCCAUUUAUACCACUGAAUUACAAAAAAA